AUGCGGGUGAAGGGGAAUGACUGCAGCAUUCCGGAACUGAUUUCGUUUUUGAAAACGGCUUUUCGAUCGACGGAUUUUGAGGAGUUGGAGCAGAAGUUGAUGUUGCGAGAACAGAAGUUGAAGCUUGAUAAGGAAGCUUUGGAAGACAAGUUGAAAGAUGCAAUGAAACGUGAGGUUGAACUAGUAGCAGAGUUGAAGGCUCAUCGAACUAGGUGUAGGGAGUUGGAAACGAUCAGAAAUGCUGACAAAAGCAAGUGGGCUUUGUCAAUGGAGCUUGAGACUGUGAAGAAAGAGUGUAUAUCUCUUAAAUAUAAGCUAAGCGGGUUAGAAUUUGAUAAACAUGGCAUUGAAGAGGAGCUUAAUAAAUACAAGAUAUUGUGCGAUAAGCUCAAAGAAAAGUUCAUUUGUCUCCAAGAAGAUUACAUAGUUGUAUGCGAAAGAGAGAAGAGGGCACAAGGAAGGAUCUCUACUUUGUCGGAAGAGCUUAAGAAGAUGAAGGAUGAAACAAGAGAGAAGUAUGUUCAGCUGAAGGUUCAGAAUAGGGACUUGGUAUGUGGAAAGAAGAGAGCCGAGGAUGAGCUUGAGACUUGGAAGAAGAUGUUUUUGGGGCUAGAGUCUCGGGUCAUUAUGUUGGAAAAAGAUACUUUGGUCUUGACUAACAAUGACCCACGGUUUAUCCUGAGGCUAGAAGCAGAGUCCAGAGGAUCAGUGGGUACCAUUUCUAAUGAAGACAAAGAGAAGAAGGAAGCAAGUUUUGUAACAAAAAUUCAAGAAGAAGCAAAUGGUGAAGGUGAUGGUGAUGGUGAUGGUGCCUCUUACAAAACGUUGAAUUGUGAUGCAGGAACUAACAUACCUGAGAAUGUGGGGUCUUCUUGCUGUUCACGGGACGAAGAAAGCAGAAAUGUGCAGGUUACAGGUCCACCUUGUAUUCGCAUACCACACGAGCUUUUGGUCAAUGUUAAGGAAGAGAAAGACAAUGUUUCUUUAGAAACUAAUUUGCAAGAUGGAAGGCGAGUUAGAAGGCAAUUGGAGUCUGGACAAGAAGGGAGCACCAACAAAAAAAUGGCUGGAUCCAAACCAGGUAUUGGAAGAUCUAUGGAUGUUAUUGAGAUUGACAGUGAUGAUGAAACUAGUGAAAUGAACAUUGUUGCAGUGGCUACUUCUAACAUUAGGGACAAAGGAAAGACUCCUGUUUCAGUUGACAAUUCCUUUAAAGGAGUUUUGAAGGAUGAAAAAGAAAUGGCUCCUGAGAAUUGCUUGAAGAGAAUAAAUUCCAGCCAAAGAGGGGAGGAGCAUAAGAGCAUCUGCAAUAUUACUAGUGAUAGUGAGGAUGAAAAUGAUGAAGAUAAAAUUCCAAUUCGUAAACUUAAGAUGAAGAGACUUCAAGAUUUAACUCAUGAAUCCAUGGGCGUUCCUCUGAAUCAGUGUUCUAUGGCUCCUAUUCUAUCUUUUGGGGAUUGCAAUGCUGAAGAAUCCUUUACUCCUUCAAGGCGGCAUCUGGUUACACUGGUACAAUGUGAAGAAAGGAAGGGCGGGUUGGGAAGGACCUCUCCAGGUUAUUUGGUGGGGAAUGCGAGUGACACUGAGUAUCAGAUAGAAGGCCCUGCUGCUGAAAAUGUUCAAGAUCAUGAGGGGAAAGACGUUGCUUCAGAUGCUAAAGGUGGUGCAAGUUUGGAUAGGUUCAUUGUUGAUGGAUCUGAUGGUUCAGAUGACGAAGAUUCUUCUACUGACUCAAAAGAAGAUUGUGAGUUGGUAUUAUCGAUGAUUCGAAGGAAUAAAAAAAAUAAAUCGGAAUGGACCUUUGAGGCAGACAUGCUCUCUUCCUUUCAGAAGGAUCCUGUUCUCUGUAUGAAGGCUGUUUGUGCUCUCUAUAAGAAGCAAACUGUUGAGGAGAAGUACAUUAUGGGUUCACUGUAUUUGAACAACUGGGGGUUUAGCAAUAUUGAUGCAUUCAGGGGAACUUAUUUGGCCAAGUUUCUUAUGGAUGGGGCUUCACGAGGGGCGCUCAAGAAGACCGUUGAGGAGCUGGAGAAGCACAUGCCAGGAGGACUUGAUGAAUGCAGAAGGCUGGCUAACCAAUACUACAAGCAAUUGUUCAAGAUUUACCAAAACAAAGAGGACCCUUUCUUUCCAUAAAUUACUGUCCAUCAAUGCUUAGAAGAAAGAGGUCGGGUAUAUCCUUCUUGCCCUGUUUCUCUCAUAUAAAUGAAUAGUAUCCUUAGAUUUCUGCUGUGGUGUGCAGGGGCAAUUCAGAUGGCUCCAUUUUGCUGUCA